UGUGUCGCACCCGCGCUGGAACGGCCGUCGCAUUCUGUGCCAGACCAGUUUUGUGGUAGACUGCGACCGCCAUGUCCCUCGACUGGUGCACUACAGGCGCCCUUGUGGUUCUUGCAAUGUGGCUGCUGUGGAAAUACCUGUCGUGGAACCACGGCUACUGGCAGAGACUGGGGGUUCCCUGCCCAGAACCAUCUGUGCCAUUUGGAAACAUGAAACAUGCAAUGCUCGGCAAGAAACACAUCACGGAGGUCAUCAGAGACGUCUACUGCCAGAUGGAAGGCGAGCCGUUCUGUGGCUUCUACCGCUUCCGGGAGCCGCUGCUGCUUGUGAGGGACGCCGAUCUGGCGAGGACGAUGCUCGUCAGGGACUUCACGUCGUUCCAUGACAACAGCUUCCACGUCGACGAGAACCUCGAUCCGUUGUUCGCGAGGAAUCCAUUCUUUCUUAAAGGUGAAAAGUGGAGGAAGCUACGGUCGCAGCUGAGUCCGUCCUUCACGGCGAGCCGCCUGAAGCCGAUGUUCCUGCUGAUGAAGGAGGUGUGUGACGACCUGGUGCGGGUGCUCAAGGACCACUCCAAGGCUAGCGGAGAUGGUGUCGAGGCUCUGGGGAUAUGUAUGCGAUACACGACUGACGUAGUUACUUCCUGUGCUCUGGGGAUCAAAGGAGGCGCCCUCGAUGACCAGAAGUCGGAAAUGUUGGAGAUGUUCAGCCUGAUUUUGGAGCCCAACACCAACAGCUCCAUCAGGUUCAUGAUCACCAGUGCCUGUCCUCGGUUGGCAUCACUUUUCCACCUGAGGUUGAUGCCGGAGGAGGUGCACAAUUUCCUACGCAGCGUCGUGGGCCAGACGGUGGCUCGCCGCCAACAUGACGGUGUCUACCGCAACGACUACCUGCAGAUGCUGGUGGAGCUCAAGACCAAGGGAUACCUGGACGGCGCGGGGCAGGUGCUCGCCGACAAAUCUGUCUUCACGGACCUGGACAUAGCGGCGCAAGUAACGACUUUCAUGACGGACGGCGUGCACACCAGCUCCACGGCCAUGUCGUUCGUACUGUACGAGUUGGCGCUCCACCCAGACGUGCAGCAGCGGCUGCGGCAGGAGCUGCAGGAAGCUCUCAGCAAGCACGGAGGGCAGCUCGGCUACGACGUCAUCCAAGAGGCCACUUACCUGGACAUGGUCAUCUCAGAGACGCUGCGGCUGUUCCCUCCUGGAGGGCACCUGGAGAAGACGUGCACGGCGGCCUACCCACUGACGACAGCUGCCGGCCGCUCCGUGACGCUGCAGCCCGGCACCACAGUGGUCGUCUCCAUCUUCGGCCUGCACCGCGACCCUCGCUACUUCCCAGAGCCGGACGUCUUUGACCCUGAACGUUUCUCACCAGACAACAAGGAUCGCACCUCGAUGCAAGCGUUCACACCUUUCGGAUUGGGACCACGCUCCUGCUUGGGUCAGCGAUUUGCACUGUCACAGGUCAAGAUGGGCUUGGCGGCCAUAGUUCUCAGCCUGGAAAUAUGUUGCACACCACUUACCUCCAAGUCUGUCGAGAUGGAUCCCAAGUCUCUUCUGACUGCCAACAAGAAUGGCUUAUGGCUUGCUUUCCGACCUCUCCCUGCAUAGGCGAGGAAGACUGACGAAUAAAAUUAAUGUCAAAUUGUUCAUGUUAAUUUGUAUAUCUUUGUAUGGGUUAAAAAAACUGCACUUCAAUAAAAGAGCUUGUUUCGUUCGAGUUUUCCUCUUGAGAACAUUUUAUGUCUGGUUUUCUUCAAUUAGUGUAUAGAAAUCAUUAACAUCACCAGAUUAUGACUGAUUUUUAACGUAAUGUUGGAAUAAAGAUUACUAGCUUUGGACAACGUUACUAUCUUAGAGCGUAAUUGCAGCAAAACUGAUCUACUGGUGUAAAUGAAUAAAUAACAGAUGGUCGUGAACAACUUUAAUCAUCUGGCUAACUAUUUAUUAAUAACAAUUAUUUUGUCGCAGUUACGUUGGAACAACUGCAGAUUCUACAUUUAUGCGUCUACCUGUGAUUUAUGAAGUUUGUUUUCAAUAGUUUAGGACUUCUGUUCAUAUUUAUUUGGACCUGAAGAAGCAUUGAGAAUAUUUGAUAUAAUAGAAGCUACAGCAGAAAAUUGUUUCUGUUCCUUAGGGCUGGAUUAGAUAUUUCCCAAGAGGAGAAGGUGCCUGAAAAUUUUAGUUCUCCUCAUAGGAAACCAAUUAUUUUCGGAAUUCAGCUUAACAUCUAUGUUUUUUUCAUAUUGUGGGGUAAGUUCUGUCUGAAAUGAUGUGAAUAAAAAUAUGAUUCAGAGAAUGAACAUUCGAUUUUGCAAGAGAGUGUGUACUACAAUGUAAAUUCUUGGCUGAUUAAAAUUACUGUUUAAAACUGGUCAACAAAUGAGAUAAUGAUAAAUGUAUACAUAAUCGAUUUUAUAUUAUUGAUUCAACAAAGUGACUGGACACUUCACAUCUAUCUGACAGUUAAGGAACAGAGAAGACAUCAGUGAAGAAAUUAUAUGUUGUACUGAUUACCAUUUAAUAUUGCAACCACUAUAUCAUAACUUACUAUGUCGGGAACAUAUUAACACGUCGUCUGCUACAUGCUUAGUAAUAGAUGUUGCACUGCCAGGCCAAGAGGGGCUACAGUCUUAGGCAUGAGACUCUGUUAUGGGUGACAACAGCCAUACGGCAAUCAACAUAUUAAAUGAAAACUUUUUUUGUUCUGAUCUUUGUGUUAUAUACAUACGAAAUUGAAUACUAAGUACUUUCUUAUGAGUUUUAACUGAAGAUGAUCUAUAUAUUCAAAUGUUAUAUUUUCCAUUAAUGUAUGAUUAUAUAUUUAUUAUACUUUCAGAAUAAUUUAAUCAAAGGCUGAACAGUCAUUUAUUUCUGUUACUCCAUACAUACCAUAAUAAUAUGGAAGUGUUUCAAAUACAGAGGUUCUUAUU